AUGUUACUUUUUUAUUUAUCUCUUUCUAAAUGUAAAGUUCUACCUCCUUCGUACUGGGCCGCAGCGAUGAAUGUGCCUGUUAUUGAGGGAUUCUUGCAUGAUGUUGCCGUGGACUCGCCACUCCCAGUGUUGAUCAACAAUUUGCCCAGCGUAACAAGCGGAAUCGAUAUCAGUUCCGACUCAGUCAUCCGCCUCGCAACGACAACCCCCAAUAUUGUCGGCUGCAAGCUAACGUGCGGAAAUAUCGGCAAGCUUCAAUGUAUCACUUCAACCCUCUCGCAACGCCCGCGCGCCUUCUCUGCAUUUGGCGGGAAAUCCGAUUUUUUCCUCCCCGCGCUUAUUGCAGGUUCUCACGGUAUCAUUGCGGCCCUAGCAAAUAUCGCCCCAAAGCUACAUGUGACCCUACUGAGACUUUAUCAGCAGGGGAAUCUGGUCGGAGCGCAGGCGUUACAGGCAAAGCUUAGUGAUGCGGAUUGGGCGUUGGGAAAGGUUGGGGUUGUCGGGGUUAAGGCUUUAAUUGAGCGGUAUUUUGGAUAUGGAAAUGGGAGGGGGAGAAGGCCGUUAGGCUCUGUUAAGGCAGAGAGAUUGAGUGACGAGAUUUUGGGGCCUAUUGCAGAGGUUGUAGAGUUAGAAAGGGGGAUGUAA